UUAUCUCAUCCGAAGGAGAAGAUCAACAAAGAGGCCGUUUGGUUCCUGUCGAACAUCACCGCCGGGAACCAGCAACAGGUGCAGGCGGUGAUCGACGCCGGACUCAUACCACUCGUCGUCCAUCACCUGUCGAAGAGCGAGUUCCUGACGCAGCGGGAGGCCGCCUGGGCCGUCAGCAAUAUGACCAUCAGUGGCAACAAACAGCAGAUCUCGUUCCUCGUAGACCAGGGCGUCAUCGAACCCCUCUGCGCCCUCCUGUCCGUCAAAGACGUACAGGUGGUUCAGGUGGUGUUGGACGCGCUCAUGAAUGUGCUGAAGAUGUCGGGCUCCCAGUACUCGGCGAUCGCCACAGAGAUCGAGAAGUGCGGCGGUUUGGACCGCAUUGAGCCCCUCCAGCACCACGAGAACGAAGACAUCUAUAAGCUGGCGUACGAGAUAAUCGACCAGUUCUUCAGCGACGACAAUGAAGAGGACCCCAUAGUGGCGCCCAAAGGCACGGACGGCACGUUCGAGUUCGACCCCAACUCGCAAAUACCAGAGACUGGCUUUCAGUUCUAG